ACAAAUUGCCGAAUAUCCAGUGUAGAGUAAAAACUCAAGCCCAAUAUCAUAUGGCCCAAGUUUAUAGUGCUUCUUCAUCCCUAGGAAUCUCAAUCAAUGACUCGAAACUGGAGAUUGGACUGCACAAACUUCUCGUACGCCAUACUCUUCCUUACUGUCUCCGAUCGUUGGCCACAUCAUCUCCAUUUCACCUGUCUUAACCCUUCAUUCUUCUCUGUCAAACGCAGCUUCGGGCAAAAACACUGCUUUGCCCAAAAGAAAAGAACCAUAGGAUUAAGCCUUAUUUGUUUUAGAUAACAAUGAACUUCGAUCUGGACAAGCUGAGACGCAGUGACGCUACCCUCGACAAAUGUUUAAAGGACUGCGAGGGCAUGAUUCAAAAGAGUCUCAACAAUCCAUUAGUGAAGACCUUGAGGGAACAGAUGGAGAAAGCUGGGUGUCCUGUUAAAGACAAGUUCUUCAAAGCUACAAUCUGUUUAAAUUCUUAUGGUGGUGUGUUUACGCCCGGUAAGGGGAUAACCGUCUGCGCAAACAAGAAACAAAAUCAAGACAAUGUUACGCAGGUGAUAAUCCAUGAGCUAAUUCAUGCAUUCGACGACUGUAGAGCUGCGAACAUGGAUUGGACUAAUUGUGCUCAUCAUGCUUGUAGUGAGGUAAGAGCUGGUCAUUUGAGUGGUGAUUGUCAUUAUAAACGGGAACUUUUGCGAGGUUUUCUGAGAAUAAAAGGGCAUGAACAAGAAUGCAUCAAAAGAAGAGUCAUGAAAUCAUUGGCUUCAAAUCCGUUUUGCGCUGGUUCAGCUGCCAAGGAUUCUAUGGAUGCUGUAUGGAAUACUUGUUAUAACGAUACAGCACCAUUUGAGAAAGCUCCUUAAAAAUUUAGCAACCAUUGUUUCCAUUCUUUGGCUUCAUACUAGCUAAGGCCUAAUGGGCUACCCAUGACCCAUAUGGGUUAGCCCUAAUGGGUAGCGGGCUUUUUAGGAUUGGGCUAAAAAGGUCCUAAAAAUAUGGGCUCUAAUUUUAAGGCACAAGCCCUAUGAUUUUUCGGGGCUGGCGGACCGACGCAUUUUGACAGCUCUACUCCUUUCAAUCAAGUGUGAAUUAGUGCAUUAACCUUAGCCACUAUGGACCGAUGAGUAGUAUCUUUAUCUUUACAUGUAUUUUUUUCAACUAGUCUAGUGACUAAACUCUUACUCAUUCUGUUUUAAAAUGAGUGUCGUUUAAAUUUUUUACACAUAAAUUAAGGAAAGUAAUUAUAAUGUCCUAAAACAUUGUACUUUUAUUAUAUUUUAUAAAUAUAUUGUAAGAAGUGUAGGGAGUAAUAAUUAAAUAAUAUAAUUGAAAAAAUUGUAUUUAUUUUUACAUUGAAAAAUGAGAAUGAUAUUUAUUUUAAAAUAAAUUUUAUUUGCUAAAACGACAUUCAUUUGAAAUAGAAGGAGUACGUUUUAAACGCGAAGAAGUGGUAAAUUCAAAAUUUCAACUAAAAAUUAUAUAUAUUCAUGUUAUUAAAGUUAUUAAUCAAAUCGUACUUAUCAGACUUAUUCUUUCAUCUUGACUCAUAUAACUUUUCCUUUAUCCAUUUCUUUUACAAAUGUGGGAUCUAAUAGGAUAAGACUAACUUAUACCAGGUAAACAUUCUAACACAUGCAAUAAUUAAAUUCAUACAAAUAUUGUUGAAGAGUAAUUCGAGUUU